AUGGCGAAUACAACACCAACACCAACACCAACAUUAACGGAAAAAAACGAUACUACUAUGAACGAGAACCAAAAUAUGACGAUGGAAAAGCUAGACUGCGUCGUCAUCGGCGCUGGUUGGUACGGACUGGCCGCCGCGAAGCAGUUUCACUGCACUCAGCCAGAAUGCUCCUUAGCCGUGUUCGACUCGCAGUCCAGCUUGGGCGGCACGUGGGCCGACCAUCGCCUGUAUCCCGGCUUGAAGAGCAACAACCUGCUAGGGACGUUCGAAUAUCCCGACUUCCCCAUGGACACGGCGACCUUUGGCGUCAAGCCUGGCGAGCACAUGCCGGGUAAGGUUAUCAAUAGUUACCUGAAGGCGUACGCGACCAGGUUCGGGAUCGCCAGCCUGGUCCGCCUCAACACUAAGGUCCUCGUCGCGGAACACCAGGACACCGUAGAAGGCGGCUGGGUCUUGACGGUAGCGAGCCCGGACCAAGGCGAGUCUAAAGUCUUCGCUCGCCGAGUCGUCUUCGCCACGGGUCUUACUUCGGAGCCGUUCUUGCCGCAUUUCGAAGGCCAAGAAGAGUACGGCGGUAGAAUAUUUCACGGAAAGCAAUUCCAAGAGAACGCCGACACGCUAAAGACGGCAAAGAGAGUGACGAUCUUUGGCGGCACUAAGUUCGCCUGGGACGCCGUCUAUGCCUACGCAACCGCGGGCGUCAAGGUCGACUGGGUUAUCCGAUCUACUGGUCACGGCCCGUGCUGGAUCGCGCCAUCAUAUGUGACACCGCUAAAGAAGUGGAUUGAGAAGCUAGCUAACAUCCGAUUCCUCACCUGGUUCAGCCCUUGCGUUUGGGGCGACGUCGAUGGCUACGCCGGCAUUCGCGGUUUUUACCACGGCACAGCUGUCGGCCGGACGAUCGUUAACUCUUUUUGGAAGGUCCUUGGCGGAGAUGUCAUCAACCUCAUGGCCUACGACUCUCACCCAAAGACGGCUAAGCUGAAGCCCUGGACCGACGCGAUGUUCACGGGGGCCAGCUUCAGCAUUUUGAACUACGACACCAACUUUAUGGAUAUCGUCAAGAGCGAUCUCGUAAACGUCUAUGUGAGCGAAAUUGACCAUCUGAGCCCUGGCAAGGUCCACCUUUCGGAUGGAACCGAAUUUGAGUCCGAGGCCCUGCUCGCCCACACUGGUUGGAAGCACGUCCCCACCAUCAAGCUCCUCCCCGAAGGAAUCGAGGGCGAGCUGGGCGUCCCGCACAGCCUGAGCGACGAGGCGCCGACAAGCGAUCUCGCCAACGACCAGGCCUUGAUGGAGCGGGCUGACAAGGAAAUCCUCGAGAAGUUCCCGCGCCUGAAGGAUCAACCCGUGUGGAACAAGAAUUACAUUCCCAUGACGCAGCAGAAGGGCAUCACAAGCACGGACGAGGUGACGCCGUACAAGCCGCUCACGCCGUACAUGCUCCACCACUUCAUCGUGCCGCCGUCCGAGCGCUUCCUUCGCGCCCGCGACACCGCGUUCAUCGGCAUCGUCUCUAACUUUAGCAACAUGAUCACGGCGCACCUGCAAGGUCUCUGGAUCAGCGCCUACUUCGCCGGCAAGCUGGAGCGGGAUCCGUCAGCAUCUUUGGGUGACGAGAAGGCGAUGGAGCAGUUACGUUACGAGACCGUGUUAUAUAACCGCUUCGGGAAAUGGCGUUACCCGACCGACUGGGGUUCCAAGAACCCCAACUUCAUCUUCGACGCCGUGCCAUACCUUGACUUGCUGCAGCGCGACCUGGGUCUGAACAUUUACCGCAAGAAGGGAUUCUUCGGCGAGUUAUACGACUCUUACGGCCCCGAGGAUUACCGCAACGUCAACAGCGAGUGGGCGAGCAAGUACGGAGACAUGAAGAAGCUCGAGUCUCUGGACGACAGCUUGAAAACUCUGCCGUCGGAAGAACCAAAGCUGAACUAG